AUGGACAAACUCAUCCCAACCCCCUCCGCCCUCCAAAAGCACGGCUACCGCUUAGGCCCCCUAACAACAACCCUCAGCACAGCCCCCAAAACAACCGCGAUCGUCGCCCUAAAGCUCCACAAAACAGCCUCCGACAUGCUGUCCCUCGGCGCCAUUGACGUCCAAACAGGUAAGGUGCUCCUGGACGAGAUCUACGACGCCGAGAUCCCGGGGACAUGCUGCGUUGACCUUAACCGCUGCGUUGAGCAGGCACGUAGGGAUAUCUACAAGUAUGUAAAUGCAGAUACCAUCCUCGUGGUAUAUGGUGGCCAGGACGAGUUGAAGCUCUUGGAGAUCGUGCACGGUCGGAUUAUUGACCUGAAGGUUUUGGGCGUUGGUUGCGUUGAGAUUUUGGGGCGGGAUAAGCUUGUUGAUCAGGCGAGGGCGAUGGGGGAUAUUGUGAAUGGGUUGUUGCAGAGUUGA